GUGGUGUUUAUUACGAGACAGUCAGUCUGAUCUCUUUCACAUAUGGACCCCUGCGCCGCGCGCCUCUAUACUCUCCCAAAGUCUCCACAAUUUAUGGUCGCUUAUAAAAGCUUGCACGACUUCUCUGCCUCCUCGCGCACAACCAUCUCUCCUCUCCCCAAUUCCUCGCCUGGUCGAAUGUGAUCGCUUCUUGGGCUGUGCUGCGACGACCUUCCUGACCCGAUCCAUGGCAGCAGCGGCGGCAGGGAUGAACGAUUUCCAGCUCAGCGAGAUCCGGGUCACGCCAGCGCCCUCCAUCGCUCUCCCCGGGAAUGGCCACCAGAUUCAUCACCAGGCCUCGCCUCCCGCGGCCUCUAGGGGAUGCUUUCCAGUCGCCAUCGUGCCCAAAUCCACGCUCUUCCAGAAGAUUGGCGCGGAAGUGAUCAGCACAUUCAUCCUCGUCUUCGCGGGAUGUGGCGCCGCGAUGGUGGACGCCAAGUACAAGGAUUCGAUCACCCACUUGGGCGUCUCGGCGGCGUUUGGGCUUGUGGUGAUGAUCAUGGUCUACGCCGUCGGCCACAUCUCUGGAGCUCACAUGAAUCCGGCCGUGACUCUGGCGUUUGCGACCGUGCGCCAUUUCCCCUGGCAGCAAGUUCCUGCCUACAUCGGCGCACAGAUCACUGCCGCGAUCACUGCCGCGUUUGCGCUGCGGCUGAUCAUCAGCCCCGUGGCUAACAUCGGUGCCACAAUUCCCGCUGGAAGCGAUCUCCAGUCGUUCUAUCUGGAAGCGAUCAUCACCUACAUUCUCAUGUUCGUCGUCUCCGCCGUCGCCACCGACGCUCGAGCGAUUGGAGAAUUGGCAGGCCUCGCAAUCGGUGCUACAGUGGGCUUGAAUGCCAUCUUCGCCGGGCCAAUAUCGGGCGCGUCAAUGAAUCCAGCACGAAGCUUGGGCCCCGCGAUCGCCGCGAACAACUACAGUGGAUUGUGGGUUUACAUUGUCGGCCCGACAGUCGGCGCGCUGGCGGGUGCGUGUUCUUACAACAUGAUCCGGCUGCCCGUGAAGCCGGACGAGCUCCCCAGGGCCGCUAGCUUCAAGAGAUAGAACAAGGCUGUAAAAAGAAUAGCAGCUUUAGGUGACCACCUAAGUGAUAACUCAAGUAAAAAAAUAACUAGUUAGCCAUCUCUCGCUUACUCACUAGUUUAACAAUUGGAAAUUCCAUUCAUUCAUUUAGUAAU